AUGCCAAGGAUUAGACAAGCAAGAGUUCGUCGCGACAUAAAAACUCGCGAAACAGUCGCAGCCACCGAAUUAAUUCGACAGGCUUAUCGUUAUAUCACACGUAACGAACAAAUUCAUUCAAGAAUUAGACAACAAGCUCAACUUAUGCUAAAUGCCUUACCUCGUGAAACACGUCCUACAACUAUCAGAAAUCGUUGUACUGAAACUGGUCGAGCUCGUGGUGUUUUUAGAGAUUCAAGACUUUGUCGAUAUCAAUUUAGAUUGAAAGCUUUGAAUGGAGAGAUACCUGGAGUUAAAAAGGCUGUUUGGUGA